AUUAGAUGCCUCCAUCGACUCCUCUUCAGACGUCUGCUUCACACAGAGCGGAGGAGGAGGAGAGGCACCGCCCCUCUUCUAGCCGGUGCCUGAUGGAAGGCGGUUGGUGGCUGCUGGUCACAUGAUCCAGCUCCUCUGAAGCUCCGCUUUCCGUCGGUCGCUUCGCCUUCGCUGGACCGAGUCUGUGGAGCAUCAUGGGUCUCUGGUGCCGCUGCGCGUGGGUCUGGUGUUGCUUGCUGAGCCUGGCUGUUCUGACCUGGUCACUGGAGCUGCAGGACCUGUUUGAGUUCGGGGAGGAAGCCGGAGACCAGAAGCUUCGACCCGGUCCGGAUUCCACCGUCGAGCUGCUUCUGAACGGUUCGGUCUGGUUCUUUGGACAAAGUCUGGACAAAGUUUACGUCUGCACCAACGGCCUGGUGGCAGGAGCACAACCUCCGGCGGAGGAGCGCUACCUGGGGAGGACGCCGGCCGCCUUCCCAGCGAUGGCCGUCCUGCUGGGAGACCUGGACACGGGCGACGCGGGGGCCGUGUUCUUCAGGGAGGACGCUGCGCCACGCGUUCUACGCCAGGCUGCUGAGCACAUCGGCAGAGCCUUCCCCUCGGUCACGGCUGUGGACCCCUCCAGCGCCCUCAUCGUCACGUGGCAGAACAUGGCUGCCCACGGGACACUGGGACGAGGGGACGGACUGGACACGAAGAGGAACACCUUCCAGCUGGUCGUGGCCUCCACGGCGUCGGCCUCCUUCGCCAUCCUCCUGUACCCCAGAGGCACCCUGCAGUUCGUCUCCACGGCCGUAGGGGGCGCUAGUCGCCUGUUGGAGGCUGGCUUCAACCAAGGCCUGGUGCAGCAUUGGCUGUGGGGCAGCACGCAGGGGAAGCACUUCCCCACCACCACCGAGGAAGAGGCCUCCGUCAGGGAACUUACCGAAAAGACAAACUCAGGACGCAGAGGAGUUUGGGUUUACGACAUCAGUGGGACACACAUCGCAGCGGGACUGGUUCCAUCGGACCUCUCCUCAGCGGAACCGACCACAGAUCCCACCUCCACCAUCCAGCCGGCCUUGAUGAUCCAAGAGGUUCCAGAAGAAAAUGAAGACUUUUCAACUGAGACCCCUCUUGAGUUCCAGCCUCGUUUUCCAGAGGCUGAAGUCAUCACCCCAGAAUACAGCGAGUCCGGGCCCGAGGACCCGGACCACAUAGAACCAGACCUGUUUGAAGCAGGAAAACCUGAGACGGAGGCUGUGACUGCAGCAAACACACACCCAACCCAGCCUGAGCUGAGACACCGAGGCCAACCCAAAACCACAAACCCAACACAUGCCGCCCCUGAAACCACAGAACCACUGUACUCUACAGUCGGGUCGAUGCACCCUGAGCAAGCAGAGAGCACAGAACCCACUGAGCCCCUGCCACCAGCCCACAUCCCUGAGUCUGGUGUGCCCACAUUCCCUGCGGUGCAUCCGAUGCCGGACCCUGACCUGGUCCAGUCACGGUACAUACACCCCGACUCUGCCCAGCCCCAGAUGGUCACAGUGGAUGAGGAUGAAGAUCUGGAUAUUGAUGUGUUUUCAUACAGUUUGGAGACUUGCGCCCACAACCGCCACAGAUGUUCAGCUUUCGCCGACUGCAGAGAUCACAGCGGUGGCUACUGCUGCCACUGUCGUCCUGGUUACUAUGGCAACGGCAAAGACUGUGUUGCAGAAGGCAAACCUCAGCGGAUGAAUGGGAAAGUGAGCGGCCGUGUGUUUGUGGGCGACAUGCUCAUAGAGCUUCAGAACAAGGACCUGCACUCGUACGUUGUGGCCAACGAUGGACGGGCCUACGUGGCCGUCAGCAGCAUCCCCCCCAGCCUGGGGCCGUCGCUGCUGCCGCUGUCGCCGCUGGGCGGAGUCAUCGGCUGGGCCUUCGCCCUAGAGCAGCCCGGCUUCCGGAACGGCUUCAGCCUCGUCGGGGGCGUGUUCGCUCGACAGGCUGAGGUCACCUUCCAGCCCGGAAACGAGCGUCUGAGCAUCAAGCAGCAGUUCACUGGCAUCGACGAGCACGACCAUCUGGUGGUGAGCACCGAGAUGGAGGGACACGUGCCGGUCGUCCCGCUAGGGUCCACGGUCCAGAUCGACCCGUACAAGGAGAUCUACCAAUACGACAGAAACCUGGUCACAUCCUCCUCCAACCGCAACUACACCGUCACCUCCCCCCACGGCCUCGUCCAGGGCAGAAGCUACCAGUGGCGCCAGACGAUCACCUUCCAGAGCUGCCCACACGAUGACACCAGCAGGACAGCGGCGCCGACCCAGCAGCUCAGCGUAGACCAGAUCUUUGUCAUGUUCGACCCCGACAACCUGCUGAUCCGCUAUGCGAUGAGCAACAGGAUCGGGCCCAUCCACAGCAGCCUCCCGGAGCAGAACCCCUGCUUCACGGGUCGGCACGGCUGCGACAUCAACGCCGUGUGCCGGCCGGCCGACGGACUCCACUUCUCCUGUCAAUGUGCCGCUGGUUUCACUGGAGACGGACGCUAUUGUCAUGACGCUGAUGAGUGCCAGCAGAUUCCUCCGGUCUGUGGAACCAACGCCAUCUGCAGCAAUCAGCCCGGAACGUUCCGCUGUGAAUGCACCGCCGGCUUCGUGUUCGCCAGCGAUGGGAGAACCUGCAGCGAGGAGAGGCGUCCGGUCAACCACUGUCAGACAGGAAGCCACGACUGCGACGCCGCUGACAGAGCUGUGUGCAGCUACAGAGGCGGCUCGGCCUACGCCUGCUCCUGCCUGCCGGGCUUCGUGGGCGACGGUCGGAUGUGUCAGGACUCGGACGAGUGUCAGCAGGACCCGUGUCAUCGUGAUGCUCUUUGCUCCAACGCGCACGGAUCCUACACCUGCCAAUGCCGCCCUGGUUUCCAUGGCGAUGGCUUCCAGUGCAGCCCCACGUCCACAGAGCGAGAGAAGAGUCCGUGUGAGCGUCACAGAGACCAGGCCUCCUCCUCCACCGGCCUCCUGUCCUUCUUCCGCCCUCGGCCGCCCGUCGGCCUCUACGUCCCUCAGUGCGACCAGCACGGAGCCUACGAGUCCACGCAGUGCCACAGCAGCUUGGGCCAGUGCUGGUGCGUGGAUGCCAGCGGUCAGGAGCUUCCCAACACCCGGACGGGCCCAGGAAGCACUCCUCUGUGCAUCAACCAGGCAGUGAGUCCUCCUCCGGUGGGUCCGACGCCGCGGCCCGAUGUCCGGCCCGUUGCUCCGGGGACACACCUGCUGUUCGCUCAGAGCGGGAAAAUCGAGCACGUGCCUCUGGACGGAUACAGGAUCAAGAAGCAGGAGGCCAAACCGCUGCUGCACGUUCCGGACCGGGUGCUGAUCGCUGUGACCUACGACUGUGUGGAGAAGACCGUUUACUGGACAGACAUCACGGGUCCGUCCAUCAGCAGGGCCCGUCUGAGCGGAGGCGACAUCAGCCCGGUCAUCACCAAAGAGCUGCAGAGUCCAGAAGGCGUGGCCGUCGACCACGUGGCCCGUCUGCUCUUCUGGACCGACUCCAUGCGAGACACCGUGGAGGUUUCCAAGCUGGACGGCAGCCAACGCAGAGUCCUGUUUGACACGGAGCUGGUCAGCCCUCGACCCAUCGUCACCAACCCAGCGUACGGGCGGAUCUACUGGGCUGACUGGAACAGAGACGGUCCUAAAAUAGAGAUGUCCAACAUGGACGGGACUGAGCGAACCAUCCUGGUGAAAGAUGACCUGGGGCUUCCCAACGGUUUGACCUUUGACCCUGACAACCAGCUGCUGUGCUGGGCCGACGCAGGUACUCGUAAGCUGGAGUGUAUGGACCCUCACCGCAGAAUCCGCAGGCAGGUCGCUGACGGGAUCCAGUAUCCCUUUGCUCUCGUCUCCUACGGAAAGAACCUGUAUUACACCGACUGGAGAAGAGAGGCCGUCGUUGCUGUGGACCGUCGCUCAGAGAAAGAGACGCAAGAGUUUCUACCUCAGAGACGCUCUCGGGUCUACGGCAUCACCACAACAACGACACAGUGUCCACAAGUCUACAACUACUGCUCCAACAACGGUGGCUGUUCUCACCUGUGUCUUCCUCGACUCGGAGGCUUCACCUGCCGAUGCCCAGACGCGUCCGAUGCUCAGUGUGCGGAGAUGAACCCGUGACUCCGCAGGAGGCAGCGACGCUUCUCCACUCGUUUUGGGCUUUUCUACUUUUCAUACUUGAACAACUCUACAACCAGCUCACGUGUUCAGACCUCACAGUAUUUAUUGUAGUUUAAGCAGUUUGUGCAGGAUUUGUUUCAAAGCCAAGUUGGAACUAAACGUGAUGUGAUUACAGGGAUCUUUAAGAGCCAAGGACCAACAAGCUUAAAGUUGUUUUUGGUUUUUACCCGAGGGACGUCAGGUUGUUUACAGUGGUUUUAAAGUUACACUUCUUUUAGUAGAUUUUAUAGGAUGUGGUGUAAGAUACGUGCAAGAAGCAAUCAAGCGCUACCAAAGUGUUUUAUAAGUUGAACAAAUCCUCAGCAGGAAUAAAAGAAGCAGCAACCAUUAGUUUUUCAAUAAAGGCACGAGGCAUUAGCCUCAGGACAAACUGAGCCCAGCAGGAAACCAGCACCUGAGCCAAGGUUGGAUGUCCAGCUUCUAAAGGUUAAUGGUUGGUCAGUAAAACAACCUCUGAUCACACGUUGGUUCUAUUGACAGGUUCAUCACACAUUAAUCAGUGUGUAACAUUAAAAGUCAUUUGUUUUGCUUCUUAGCUGAACUUAACUUGUGUUGCAUUAACAUCCCUCUAUGCUAAAACCAGGGCUGUUAGACUGGUGUGCCUUAUCAGAGUGGGAGCUGGAUCACAGCUGGAUCACUAGCAGAACUGCUAGAACCCGCUCCCAGAACCCAUUCAUUGGAGCUUCAUAAGAGCUAGAACCACUUAUACAGUAAGAUUUAUAAUGUGUUUUGUUACUGUUUUAUAUGAAUGAGCUGUUAAUGUUCAGAUGGUGCCCGUGAGGGAUUGUGUGAGCAGCUCGUGUUGGACUGGAGACUCACUUAUUGACUCAUCACAGUUGGUGCUUUCAUUCUGAAUAAAACCUUUUACACGGAGGAGGCCGAGAA